AUGGUCACUGAGGAUGGACAAAAGAACAUGAACCCUAUCGAUACACUUAAGAAUAUAAACAAAGAAGUUGAUCUUGCUAUGGCUCAAAAAUCAGCUUCUCCUGAUAAGUGUAAAGAAAUU